AUGAGUGCCUCCAAGGCGCAGUCUCAAAAUUUCUUUGAGAAGAUGAAGUUGAAGCCCGCAAACAAGGUAUGCUUCGACUGCAAGUCUAAGAAUCCCACUUGGUCGUCGGUGCCUUUUGGUAUUUACCUGUGCCUUGAUUGCUCGUCCAACCAUCGCAAUCUCGGUGUUCACAUCUCCUUUGUUCGAUCCACAAAUCUCGACCAGUGGCAAUGGGAGCAGCUGCGAGUGAUGAAGGUUGGUGGAAAUGAGUCUGCGACCAAGUACUUCCAGUCCCACGGAGGAUCUGCUGCGCUCGCCAGCAAGGAUUCCAAGGUCAAGUAUACUUCCAAUGCGGCCGUCAAAUAUAAGGAAGAGCUGAAAAGACGUGCUGCAGCGGAUGCGCAACAGUACCCCGAGGAGGUUGUUAUUACCGAUCUUCCUGCUGGCACCCCGUCCGAUGGCUCGGCCACACCUGCUGGUGAAGAUGAUGACUUUUUCUCAUCCUGGGAUAAGCCCUCCAUCAAGCGUCCCAGCAACCCGCCUUCCCGCACCGGCACGCCACCCGUCGUCAGCCGAACCGGAUCCCCGUUUUUGACUGCCAACUCAAACGGCUCUCGCUCAAAGUCCCCCCUAUCUGCGACUGAAGACAAGUCUGCAGCUCCCGCGCCAACUGCCAUUCGCGCCAACUCUGCUGCCAAGAAGACUACCGCUGUUGGUGGCGCGAAGAAGAGCUUGCUGGGGGCCAAGAAGGCCCCCAAGCUUGGGGCGAAGAAGGUUGCCCCUAGUGACAUUGAUUUCGAGGAGGCCGAGCGAAAAGCCAGAGAAGAGGCCGAGCGCAUUGAGAAACUUGGAUACGACCCUGAAGCUGAGCAGGCCGAAGCCGAUGCCAAGGCCAAGAUCAAUGCUGCGGCGCCUAUUGCUUCCCCAACUCCUGUCAGCCCCAACCGGCCUGGAUUUGGUUCUACCAGUAAGGAUAAUGAGCGUGCCUCAGGCGAUGUUGAGCGUCUUGGUAUGGGUAUGAACAGACUAGGAUUUGGUCAGGUCUCAAAGCCCCCAGCUCCCAAGAAGCUUGGAUUUGGUGCUGUUGCCCCCCGGUCAGCGGCCGACGAGGAGGAACUCACUCAAGCCAAGUCACGAUUCGGAACCCAGAAGGGUAUCUCUUCCGACGAGUUCUUUGGACGUGAUCGCUUCGACCCCAAUGCCCAGGCCGAGGCCAAGCAACGUCUUACAGAAUUCGACAGCGCAACCUCUAUCUCCAGCAACGCCUAUUUCGGCCGGCCCGAGGAUGACCUUCCUCAGAUGGACGAUGGAUACGGUGACCUGGAGACCACUGCUAAGGACUUCGUCCGUCGAUUUGGUAUUACCGCGGGAGAUGAUAUUGAAAACCUGUCACACCUGGUUGGUGAAGGAGCAACCAAGCUACAAGGCGCCAUUCGCAACUACCUGAACUCUUAA